AUGUCUAUCGGUCAACACCACAACUGGCUCCUACCAGGUCAUCUCCGACCGCCUGAUGACCACCAUGAUCCCCACCCUUCCACCAAUGGCCUCUCAAAAGUUCCAUCACGACCCCGUACUCCUCAGUUGCGAUUCCGCGGUAUCGCAGACGGGUCGCAAUCUGGAAAUAUGAUAUCUGAUGCGGACACCAUCCCGGAAGAAGACCCGCGCAUUGCGUCCUUUCGAGACUGCUAUCAGAAAGGCGAAGCGAAAAUUAGCGCAUUAUUUAAUUUUGGAAAAGCUUCAGAUCCCGGGAACAAUGAACCUGGAGCUCUUCAGGGUGCCGAGGAAACUAGUAUCGCAGCCGACGGCCAGGUGCAAUCUUCAGCUCCAGCCCGAAAGGCAGCUCGCAAACUAGACGAAGAUGAUUAUGACGACUACGACGACGACGAUGAAAGCGAAAGCGUUCCUCCGGCUCCCUCCCCCCUUAUCAUACCGAAGCCCACCCCUGCUCGAUCAGAACCUAACACCCUUCCUUCACCGCCACAAAAACCGUCGAUCGCCCUUAAAACCUCAGAAACUCAGAAAGACCCAAGGAAACAGUCAUUAGAAGAUAUCCGCAAAAAAUUAGAGGAGGAUAAAAAGGCAACCGAGGAGGCUGCAAGACGAAACUUCCAUACCGUGUUUUAUACCCUAGAGAAUGACCGGGAUGCUAUGCUGGACCAGCAAAGGCUAGAGGAAUCUGAGAGACAAGUCGAGGCGGAAAUGUCCGGGCAAGGGGCCAACAGUGCAAAUUCCGCUAAUGCUACAACCUCUGGCCACGGAACCUUGAGCAGCGCGAACCUUGGCGCCUCAAGCCUGACACUAAAGAACCUAAUUGCGCGAAUUGAUAUGAAACGCAGUGAAGUCCAAGCUUCGGAUGCUGAGCUUCGAAGUCUGAUGAGCGAAGUAAGGAAAAACCGGAGUAAAUGGGCGAGCGAGGAGAAGGUAGGUCAGGAGGAGCUUUAUGAAGCUGCGGAAAAGGUCCUUAGCGAGUUGAAAGCUAUGACAGAGCAUUCUAGCGCUUUCUUGACGAGAGUGAAUAAACGGGAAGCACCUGACUACUAUAAUAUUAUCAAACGACCAAUGGACCUAGGGACAAUGACUAAAAAACUCAAGGCGGUCCAAUAUAAGUCGAAACAGGAGUUCGUCGAGGAUCUCAAUCUCAUAUGGACUAACUGUCUAAAGUACAACGCCAAUCCGGAACAUUUCCUCCGAAAACAUGCCCUUUAUAUGAGAAAGGAAACCGAGAAGCUUGUCCCUUUAAUACCAGAUAUCGUUAUUCGGGAUCGUGCUGAGGUUGAAGCUGAGGAACGAAGACUUCAAUUGGCCGAGCUCGAUGGCGCCGAAGAGAGCGACGAUGAGCCGAUUAUGUCAUCUAGAGGUCGCAAAGCUCCCGGAAUGAAAUCGAAAAAGGGCAUAGGAACUGGUAGAACAGCUCCCGGAAGCCGACCUGAAGCUACACCGGGGGCGGAGAAUAAAACUCAAGGAGGGACCGCAGUGGGUGCUGAAUUUGAUACGGCUCUUGAGGGAAGUCAGAAUGGAUUCUCGACCCCCCCUCCUGGCACAUUGACUCCUCUUGGUUCAAAUGGUCUUGGUCCUGGUGCAGCUGGAAGCCAAGGUGAUGCCAUGGACAUCGAUGCAUUUGGUGUCCCUGUCAACUCAAGCGCGUUGUCGCGUCCAAUGAUCGAUUUUGAAGACCCUGAAUAUAAAAUAUGGAAACAAGUUACUAAAAAAGACAGGGCCCUUCUCGCCGCCGAACGACAUCGACUUUUCAAAGAGGACAAGCUGAAUGCCGAUGAGCCAGCUUUGCUGAGAUCGAAGGCUGGGAUGAGGCGAUGGCUCCGAAACCAAAGACCAGCCACAGAGGAAAGCGACAGGCUUGAUAUUGCUGGCCCACAGUCUAAAGAGGUGGAGACUACUGGGGAGACGUUGGCAGAAGGGAUUGAGGUGGAGGAAGAUAAAAUGCUGCCUGACUACUACGAUACGAUGUCGGGGAUUCCGGACCUCCCUGAACAGUUACAUCCUUCGGAAGAGUUUCUUAGAAUUCUCCCCAAAGGCUAUUUCACGGCACCCAAGAGCAAAUUCUCCAAAAAAAUGGACGCGAACAUGCGUCAAAUGCAGGAAACAAGGAAAGUCUGCUCGAAAAUAGGAAUCGUUAAGCAGAUGCAGCUCCAAUCGCAGAUGUAUCAAAAUCAAUUCCAGAAAUACAACCCAGAGCCCUUUGUGGAGCAGGAUGUUCCAACUCAUGUGAUGAAUGACGAUGGACCCGUCAUAAGUCCAUGGGUCUGUAGAGCAGCCCUUCAGCGCUCUGUUGGAAAAAUCUUCUAUAAUGCUGGGUUCGAGGAGUAUCAGCCAUCUGCACUUGAUGCUGUUACGGAUGUCGCAGCUGAUUUCUUCUAUAAAAUUGGGUCCACUCUUAAGACAUACAUGGAAUCCCCCAAAAUCCCACGAACCGAGCAAUCUACGGUGUCCUCCGAAUGGAAAUCACCUUAUAUGGCAGAAGAGAUGAUCCUACAUACGCUUCAAUCUGUUGGGACAGAUGUAGAAUCGCUCGAAAGCUACGUCAAGGAGGAUGUAGACCGGCUUGGUCAGAAACUCAGCAUCAUACAUGAACGAAUGAAGAGUCAUCUUACUGAACUGCUUCGGCCGGCUUUUAGCGAUACGACUGGCGAUGGAUCCAGCGCUUUCAAUGAUGGGAGCGAGCAAUUUGUUGGCGGUGAUUUCGCAGAGGACAUAGAUGAGGAUUUCUUUGGAUUUAAAGAGCUGGGCCUUGAUAAAGAGUUUGGACUUGCCAGUUUGAGUGUACCACUCCACCUGCUCCAGAACCGGAUGUAUAGUGCUCACCAAGCACAGAAUACUAGUAAUAUGUGUAUAACUUACUAUUCGUUGUGUUUACAGCUCGUCACAAGCUUCUGCUGCAUUGUUUCCGCCGCCGCCUCCUUACCCACGCAUAUCCCUUCAAACACUCCCUUCGCAAAUCGGAUUGAGACCAACAGCCGCAAGGCCGCGAGUACCCGCAUCCGGUAA